UUUCUUUUUGCUCACCGCGGUUUUCUCGUAAUACUUCGACGACGUCUGUUUGUCUCCAACCCUGCCCUGCUGCCACCGGGAAUGUCAGAGAGUCGGCCAUGUUUGACUAAAAGGACAGCUGAGCGACUCAAGUGAGAAGAGAAAAAGUUAAAAAAAGAAAAAAAAUAUAUUUAGAAUAAAAGGAAAAAGGAAAAAAAAAUUGUGACGUUCGUGAAGCGAUAUUUUGAAGGCGAAUGAAGUGACCAGAGGGCAGCGAAUUGACGGAGAGAAAUGCAGGAAGAGAAAGCAAGAAAGAGCGAAAGGAAGACAAUAGAAAGAGAGUGAUAAGAUCGAUAGAGAAGUGGCGAGCAUUUUGGCAAAAGGUUUCGCGUGGUGAGGAUCAAACACCAUUGCUGACACACGUGCAUUUGGAGAAAAGGAAAAUAGAAAAAAAAAAACAUAACAAAACAAUAACAAACAAAAAUCUCCGAAUACAACCGAAAGUUAACAUCUAAAGGGAGAUAAAGAGAGAGAGCCAGAUAAGAAAAAAACAAGGAAAAAAAAACUGAUAGGAAAGUCAAACAACCCAAGAUCAGAAGAAGAGAGGGAAGAAAGGAAGAAAAGGAAGAAAGAAAGAGAGAAAGAAAGAAAGAAGAAGAAGAAAAAGAAAAAAGACGUUUUGAUCUUCGAAAGAUCAGUCAGCUGUUAAUCCUCUGUGAUUCUUAGGCUCAACCUUUUUAACCUCUGUGGGGUUGGUUGUCUCAAUGCGUCUCAACGCUAUUGUUGAAUAGGCGUUCGUCCUCCUGUGGUUGGCGACGACUUAGGCUUCAUAGAAAGAAAUCUCAUUGUUGUGAUUUUUUAUCAUUUCCUUUUUUUCGCUCUCAAUCGGCUUUUGUCAAGGUUGUGUUUGUUUAGAUAUAUAUAUACACAUAUAUUCUAUGAAGACUCUUUUUUUACGAAGGAAAAGAUAAAAAAAGGGAUUUUAAGAUAUUGCUAAACGUGUGUGUUGUCCUUUUUAAAAAAUCAUUGUCAAUAAGUGGAUUUAAUUCUUGCCUGUGAUACUGCCACCAAAUCAUUGUCGGUUCCAUUGCUGUGUGUAAAACUGGUGUUCAUCGUUGUGGACUGUUUAAAAAAAGUAAAAAAAAAUGCUAAUGUUAUUACUGUAGGCUUCUAGAGCUCCACUGAAUACAACUUAAUCCGUUUUUUAUACAUCUAUACAUGUAUAGAAAGGGCGACGCGACUAUACGAUGCAUUUAAGGUUUCUGUGACUGCAUUGGCAUUCUGAUCGUGUUUAAAUAGAGCACUUGAACCCCCCCACCCCCCCCAUCAGAAUCUUACAGUCAGCUCUUCCGUUUCAACCCCCCAAAAAGAAAGAAAAGAAAAUAACAAAGCUUAAAUAAAGAGGGGGAAAAAAGCGAAGCCGUUAGAAAAAGGGGAAAAAGAAAGAAAGAAAAUAUAUAUAAUUGAAGCGUCUCGUGCUUUCCACAAGCUACCGUAGGAGAACGGAAAUCUUCUUUUUCAUCUAUAUAUAUUUUUGAAGGAGACCGAGACGCGCGCGGAUAUCCCGAAGAAAAGGUCCAAGCUGCCGGAAGAGACGACCUUCAUGAGGAGGAAUCAAGGGGAGGAUCAGCGACGGCGGAGGCGGAGGCAGCAAGGGAUCCAAGCCUACGAAAGUGGCGCGGACGAAGGUGACAUCUAGCGGCGGGAUUAGGAACUGCUGUGGUCGUGCGGCGUCGAGAGGGAGCUGAGGAGUGAGUCGGGUCGUCUCGGAUACGCUUUGCCGUCCGCUGACUGACUGGUUGACUGACUGAGCACGACCACCUUCACUGAAGCGCUGUCGGUUUUACAGCAGCGGUCUUCGGCGAAUAAACACAGCGCGGCUUUAGGAGGAGCUUCCCGCUACGGCUGGCUCCUUUUCUCACGCACUUUCUUCUUUAUAAACUAACGCCGCCUCCUGUAAUCUUGUAAGUAAAAAGGAAGUAAGGGGAAAAUACAACUACUAACUACUAACCAACCACUACUACUAACAGAGCCUCCUCGAGUAAACCUAGCGAGGAAAAUUUGGACGGGGAACAUAUGCAGGAGGAAUAGAACACAGUCAUCCUGACCAUGACAAGGAUAUAUUGCCCGACGUCUGUCUCUUAAGCAGGAGAAGAAAGGGCGUAAGGAAAAAUAAAAGUACUCGGUACGCAGUGUCCCUUUAAGGCCACUCGAUAGUAGAAGUCUGAAUAGAAAGAGAGAGAGAGAGAGAAAGGAAGAGGGGAAGAGAGAAGAUAAGAGUAGAGAUAGAGGAAAGAGAUAAAUAAGAGCGACAAAGUGAGCGGUCAUUGCUGAGGGCGACGUCAGAGCGAAGAUUCCACCUCCCGCUACUGCUACGUCCUCCCAGCGCCCUUCCCUCGGACGCCUCGCCUCGCCCGACAUGGUGAAGAUGAUGGCACGACGCGGCGGCCUCCGACUGGCCCUGCUCGGCCUGCUGGCGGCCUGCGCCCUCGUCUACGUCUACUACUACUCCUCGGCGCCCGCCAGCCCCCACAUCCUGAAGGACAAGCCCCAGGACGCCUCGAGGGGCGGCGCCGCGGGGGAGAGGAGGGCGGAGCGGCAGAGCGACGGAGGGACCGGAGGGGAAGGAGGGGGAGGAGGGGGCGACGCGCCAUCAGCUGACGGGGGGCAGACGACCCCCUCCCACCAGUGCAAGGACAUCCAGGCCCCCAAGACGGACGUCAACACCGUCGACCAGUUCCCUAAGUUCGAGUUCCAGCCCGCCUGGAUGCGUGGAAAAGAGUUCUGGGACACGAACUUCGAAAAGCGAUAUUUGAAGAGAAGGGCCAAGUGGAAGAAGCUACCUCUCAAGGUCUUCUUGAUGCCUCACUCCCACAACGACCCCGGAUGGCUGAAGACGUACGAGGAAUAUUAUUUUCACCAGACGAGCAAGAUUCUCCAGAACAUGAUUGAGAAGCUACGAGUUCAUACCAACAUGACCUUCAUCUGGUCUGAGAUCUCCUUCCUAUCCCUGUGGUAUGAAAGGGCACACCCGAGCCUGAGGCAGCAGAUGAAGGAGCUGGUGCAUUCAGGGCGUCUUGAGGUGGCCACUGGAGGCUGGGUUAUGACUGACGAGGCCAAUGUGCAUCUCUACGCCAUGUUGGAUCAGCUGAUUGAAGGUCAGCAAUGGCUAUGGAACGUCCUGGGCGUGCAGCCUGUCAGCGGGUGGUCGGUGGACCCCUUCGGGCACGGGGCGGCUGUCCCCUACCUCCUGAAGGAGUCCGGGGUGAAGGCCACGGUAGUGCAACGCAUACACUACGCCUGGAAGCAGUGGCUGGCGGAGCAGCAGCUUGGGGACUUCCAGUGGCGCCAGGUGUGGGACGUGAGCGGCGAGGCUGACAUCCUGUGCCAUAAUCGCCCCUACGACAUCUACUCCAUCAAGCACUCGUGUGGGCCGCACCCGCAGAUCUGCCUGGGAUACGACUUCAGAAAGGUCCCAGGGGAGUACACGGAAUACACCAUAAAGUCGGUGCCCAUAGACGACCACAACGUGAAGCAGAAGGCGGAGCUUCUCCUGGAGCAGUACGGGCGCACGGGCUCACUCUACCCUCACAACGUCGUCCUCGUGCCCAUCGGCGACGACUUCCGCUACGACCACGCGUCCGAGUGGGACCAGCAGUACAGCAGUUACCAGCGCCUACUGACCUUCAUCAACAACGACCCCAAGUACCACGCCAACAUCCAGUUCGGGACGCUCAGAGACUACUUCAACGAGGUGCAGAACCGCAUGCGCGACUACCCCAGCCUACAGGGGGACUUCUUCGUGUACAGCGACAUCUUCAGUGAGGGUCGGCCCGCCUACUGGAGCGGCUACUACACCACGCGCCCCUACUGGAAGGUGCUCGACCGCCAGCUGGAGGCGUCCCUGCGCUCCGCCGAGAUCCUGUACACGUGGGCCUACGCCUGGGCCGUGCAGGAGGGCCAGAACAGAGUCGUGCAGCUCCUGGAGAAAGACUACGAGAAGCUGGUGCGCGCCAGGAGAAACCUAGCUCUGUUCCAGCACCACGACGCCAUCACCGGCACCUCCAAGGCGUACGUCAUGCACGACUACGCCAUCAAACUUCAUGAGGGCCUACAUGACACGAUCGCGCUGGCAGGAGAGGCAGCCGAGGUGCUGCUGCUCACCCCCGCCGCCAUGGCGUCGCUCGACAGCCGCGCCGUGCCCCUGCAUCACCUGCAGCCGGACUUCGAGCGACUCACGUACGAGCGGCUGCCCCGGAAGCUGCCGCGCACCGUGCCGCGCAACCAGCCGCGCCUCAUCGUGCUGUUCAACUCCCUGGCACAGCGGCGCUUCGAGGUGGUCAAGGUCCUGGUGACGAGCCUGGACGUGCGGGUGACGGACGAGCACGGCCACGAGGUGCCGGUUCAGCUGAACCCCGUGUGGAACGACACGGGCAGCGGCAUGGCCAUCCUGUCCACGCAGUUCGAGCUGCUGUUCGUGGCCGACCUCGCCCCCCUCAGCGUGAUCACGUACUGCAUCCACCGCACGGAGCGCGCCAACCUGGACGUGCGGGCGGCCGUCUACUCCAACAACUACGCCCCGGCGCCCGACCAGAACUACUCGCCGCCCUUCGAGAGCCACGACGUGCUCCCCGGCGACAUCCAGCUGGAGAGCGACCACCUCAAGCUGCUGUUCGACGGCACGACGGGCAUGCUGCGCUCCAUCACCAACAAGGCGAGCGGCCGCGUCACGCAGACGGCCAUCCGCUACGCCGCCUACCCGUCGGCGCAGUUCAAGUCGGGGGCGUACCUGUUCAAGCCCGACCCCAACGCCCGCGAGCCCGAGGAGGACGUGCUGGCGGGCGCCAAGCCGCGCCUCUUCAUCCACUCGGGGCCGGUGGCGUCCGAGCUCAGUGUCAUGUUCGGCUCCGUGCUGAUGCACACCACGCGCAUCCUGCACGUGGCACACCAGCCGCUGGCGUCGGCCGUGCACAUGGAGAACACCUUCAACCUCGGCGGCCGCUACAACAGCACGGAGACGCCGGGCUUCCCGCCGCACUUCCGCGAGACGGAGCUGUUCAUGCGCGUCAUGACGGACAUCGACAACGGCGCCGAGCCCACCUUCUACACCGACCAGAGCGGCCUCAACAUGCAGAAGCGCGUGCGCGUACAGCGCAUCGGCAUCCAGGGCAACUACUUCCCCAUAACGUCGGCUGCCAUGAUCGAGGACAACGCCCCCGGGCGGCGCCUCACGCUGCUCACGAACCACGCGGCGGGGGCGGCGUCGUGGCAGCAGGGCUGGCUCGAGGUCAUGGUGGAGCGGCGCACCUUCUACGACGACGCCCGCGGCAUGGGCGAGGGCGUGACGGACCAGAAACGGACUGUGGGGCGCUACUGGCUCCUUGUGGAGGACACGCGCGGGCCCGAGCCCGUGGCGCGCCUCUCGCUGGCCGCCCACCACUUGGCCAACGACCUCAACUACCCGACGUCGCUGCUCGUCCUCGAGGGCCUCAACGUGGACCAACUGCGGGCGAGCGCGCACCUGCUCAGCCAGCCGCUGCCGUGCCCGCUGCACCUGGUCACGCUCCGCACGCUGCCCGACCCGCAGUACCCGAGCCUCCUGCCCUCCAAGAACGCCCUCAUGGUCCUCCAGAACCAGGCGCCCUCGUGCUCCACUUCCUCCAGCGUCUCCUCCUGCAGCGGCCUCGGCGACGCGCCGCUCCCGGGCACCAAUCUCUCCCUCCAGGUGUCAGGCAUACAACGGACCUCCUUGACAGGCACAAAAGUCCACGGCACUGUCAAGAGCUUGCCAGAAGUGACUGUUCCUCACCACAGACUCCGAGCACUCACCCUUACCUUCCCCUCCCCCCCACCGCACCCUCCCCCCGCAGAAUAAAAACUUACACACACCUUUUGCUAGCUUAUCAUUGGCCCAUGAAGAUGGUACUAGUGAGAUUUUCAAUGAAUGAUUUAGAAGAAAAAAAAAUGAAAAGAUGAUUGAAAAAUAAUAAAAAAAGGUAAAAUGAAUCUGUAUAUUCUAGAAUCUAGAUAUUAUUUUUUUUCUGUGGAUAUUUUCUUCUUUUCUGAUUUAAGAAAAAAAAAUUAAGUAAUGACUGUUAUUAUUGUUGUUGUCACUAUUACUAUUAGUGUUAAAAUCAAUUAUUUUUAUUAUUAUUACUAUAAGUUAUUAUCAAUUAGUAUUAAUCGUGAGUUAUUCUUAUUAUUAUCCCAUUGUUAUCGAUCACACCUAAGUGCAAUUAUUAAAGGAUAAAGUGUUAGCGACAGUGGCAUUGGACAUUUUUUGAUGAGCAUUGAAACACCUUUAAGGAGCUUGUGGAAAUACUUAGACCUAAUCAUAAUUUCACCGUUUUUAAGUGUGAUUCAUUGAGUAUAUAUAUAUAUAUAUAUAUAUAUAUAUAUAUAUAUGUAUAUAUAUAUAUAUAUAUAUAUAUAUAUAUAUAUAUAUAUAUAUAUAUAUAUAUAUAUAUGUAUAUAUAUAUAUGUAUAUAUAUAUAUGCAUGUAUGUAUUAAAAUGUGAAAAAUAAUGACAAAGAAACUGAUACAGUUAGAUAGAUAUAUGAAAUAACAUCCCCUUUGCAAAUCCCCCUCCCCCCCCCCCCUUUUUUUUUUGGAAAAUCCUGAGGGAUUUUCUCACCAAGCAAUAUACUAAGGGAAAAAAAAAAUAAUGGAGACGAGAGAUCUCCAAAUGUGUGUAUGUGUAUAUAUAUAAAUAUAGAUUAUAUAUACGAAUAUUAAUUAUGACUAUUGAAGAAAGUGAAACUGGCAUUGCAUGAUUUGUCUCUGGAGAAUGCUGUGUACCAUAAUAAUCUUUAACCAUCUUUGUCAAGGUGACUGUAACAAAUUAAAGUGAAAAAAAUUGUC